AUGGCCUCCAGAGGGAGCAGACCCAUGCCCCAGAGCAUUCCACUCAGCUUGGAGGGAAUCCAACAGAACCAGCGGAUGUGGCUGGUGAAGCUUCCUAAAUACCUGUCACAGCAGUGGUCUGAAGCUUCUGGAGGCGGUGAAGUAGGGAAGCUGCAGAUUGCCAAAAAUCAAGGAAAGUCUGAAAUCUCAUUUAUUUUGAAUAAGGAACUUACAGACAUUCGGGGUACAGAUGGACAACCUGUCCCGGUCAUUGCUCCCAGGGAGCAUCAGCUUGUCUUGCAGGGGGUCAGAGGGCAGGUCCUCACAGUGCUGACUGAGCGUGCACCGGAUCAGCUCUCCCUGGAAGGGACGGUGGUACAUCGGGGAGAAUGCAGACCUGCUCUGAGUGAAAACUACAUGAGGCUGAAGAGAAAGCAAACAGAGGAGUCUUCCAAACCUGCCAGAACCGUACAGAAACUGGAGAAGGUAGUCACGACCAACUAUAAACCCGUUGCCGAUCAUCAGUGCAAUAUUGAAUAUGAGAAGAAAAAGAAAGAGAGUGGAAAGAGAGUGAAGGCUGAUAAAGACCAAGUUUUAACCUUGCUAUUUGCUGCCUUUGAGAAACACCAGUAUUAUAACAUAAAGGACUUGGUUGGAAUCACUAUGCAACCUGUGGUGUACCUGAAGGAAAUCUUGAAUGAAAUCGGUGUUCAGAAUGUAAAAGGGCCCCACAAAAACACAUGGGAGCUAAAAGCAGAGUACCGGUAUUAUCCGGCAGCAGCCAAGAGUGAAUGA